UCAAACUUGAGCUUCUUUAACAUUGUAAGGUAUACAAAAGGUUAAGUGUAUAGCUUCUUUGAUCAUCUAUGGGGAAGAAAAUAUUUCUUGUGGUCCUGUGCUUGGCCACUGUUGUUGAUCUUCUCUUAUCAGCAAAUGCAGAAGUUCCUGCUGUUUUCAUAUUGGGAGAUUCAACAGCUGAUGUUGGUGCUAACAAUUUCUUGCCUGAUAGUAAAGACAGGGCAGAUUUUCCUCCUUAUGGCAUUGAUUUUCCUCACGCUAGACCUACAGGAAGGUUCAGCAAUGGCCUCAAUAGUGCUGAUUUUCUGGCUAAGCUAAUGGGAUUCAAGAGAAGUCCAUUGCCCUUCUUCUAUCUAGUGAACAACACAAAACUAAUCAAGAGGCCGAGCUUUAGAGGAGUAAAUUUUGCCUCUGCUGGGUCUGGCCUUCUAAAUAUAACUGGACAAACAAUGAAUGGCAAGAAGAAUGUUUUCACAAUGGCAGAGCAAGUAGAGCAAUUUUCUUCAAUCUACAGUGUACUUGUGGCUGUUAAAGGUCAAGCUUCUGCUGAAGCUUUUCUCUCCAAGUCUUUGUUCUUCAUCAGCACUGGUAGCAACGAUAUUUUCGCUUACUACUUGUCGAAAAGUACUGCUCCAAAGCAAGAUUUCUUAGCUACAUUAGGACUUCUAUAUGACAGCUAUUUAAGGAGCUUAUAUAAACUAGGAGCAAGGAAGUUCGGGAUUAUAAGUGUUCCACCAAUUGGAUGUUGUCCAGCUCUAAGGAUUCAAAACACCACAGGUGGUUGUUUGGAGGACUUGAAUACUCUUGCUACAGAAUUUUACUCCACAAUCAAUACCUUAUUGAUCAAGCUCAGCACAGAUUAUUCAGACAUUAAGUAUUCCCUUGGAAAUGCAUAUGAAAUGACUAUAAAUGUGAUAGACAAUCCUCAUCCGUUCGGUUUUGAGAAUGUAGCAAAUGCAUGUUGUGGAGAUGAAAAGAUACCAUGCAGUCCAAAUGCCACCUUCUGCUCGAAUCGCCACGAAUACUUGUUCUGGGAUUUGUUCCAUCCUACACAGGCUGCUGCAAGACUGGCAGCUAUAACAUUGUAUAGUGGUGAACCGCAAUUCGUUAGCCCCAUUAACUUCAAACAGUUGGCUGAGGCUUAAUCAGCCGGACAUUGUUGUCCUGAUGCUGUUACAAAAUAAAGGAACUGCUCUAUCCUAAUACUAUUCUUGCUGCUGAGCGGUUGAAUACUUGAAUCUGCGUUUUCUUAUACUUCAACAAAAUCUAUGCUUUCUUUCCUUAGUGCCUUGUAACUCUUAGGAUGUAAGAACUCAAGAAAAAUAAUUAUUAAUCUUUUCAUCCCUCUGGAGAGGUCAAAAUCAGAGGC